ACACACCGACACUAAGGAGGAUCGACGUCGGGAUGAACGACGAGCUGAGAGACAGUCGGACCGUAACGGGGAAAAGAGGAAGCAGCGCCCUCGACAGAUCUGAACGUGAGACGGAGUACAACAGACAUCCUGAGGACCACUAUAACAGGGUGUUAGACCACCAGCGUGUCCCCUCCUCGGCCCCGGUGGUUUAUCCCAGUCCUGUAAAGCGUCCCCGGCCUUCCUUGUCCUCCUCCUCCGCCACGGCUCUGAGGAUGAAGAGCAACAGAGCUGCCAGCAGGAGCAACAGCACCCGAUCGUCCUCCGACAGCAAAUUGAAGAUGGCGGAGCUACUUGCCAUAAAGAGGGAGCUGACUGUCAUCAAGGUCCAGAUCGACGGCCUUUUGGACUGUGUGGACAAGAUGGACAGACAGAGGAAGGACUGCUCAGGUAGCGGCACCACGCAGCCGGACAGCUUCCUGUCCCUCACUGAUCAGCUAUAUUUACAACAUGUGACAGACGUUUUUACACCUACACUGAAACCAAACCAACAACCUGAGAAUGAAUAA